ACAGGCCCUUCGCCGGCUGGUGGUCACACAGCUCCGCAUGAGUUUAUAUUUAUCGGGUUGAGGUAGCAAAAUACCUCCGGUUGAUGAUCAUACACUUUAAUGGGAAAAUGCAUGAUUGUACCAUUGGGCGCUUAAUUGUCACUAGGGGUGCUGAAAUGAAGGAUAUCGCUGUUCUGUUUUUGUUCUCUUCAAACUUGACUUUUUACAACUUGAGAAAACACCUCUACCUAUUGGCGAGUGUUUUAUAUUAUGUAAAAAGUACCGUGGUGCAUUGAGAUUGGAGUGACCCGACUGAGAUAUGUGCCAUUGUUUAUAGGGUUGGGAAAACUCCACAAACUCAGACGGAUGUGUCAACCAUAAAAUUUAAUUGACACAAAAAUGUGUGCUUCAAAACUAUAAUAAUGUUUCACAUGAUGGGGGACUAAGCAAGAUGCACUUCUCGUAAUGCUCGAUUAUUGUGGAUGAUUUAUUAAAUGGCAGUGGUUGAACACACCACAGAUGUCAGAACUUCUAGAACCAGUUUGCAUGCUCAAGUAGAUAACGUUUAUCUGGCUGCAGCAGUGUCAUGCAUCAAGUAUUGAUGAGUCAUAGCCAUUUGUUUCACAUUUGUUUUUUCAACAGCAGUUGAAUUUUUGUAUGAGCAUGAAUGUUAUAUCGGAUGUAAACAUUAUCAAUAUCAAAAAGAACAUCAGUCACACAUAGGAUAGUGCCUACCUCCUCUUGACAGUGAUGGAAUAAUUACUUGCUGUAUAGUCACUGAAACCUUUGUGGUGGAAAUCCAUUCAUUAUGCCGGUUGAUUUGUUUGACAUGGAAAUAGUAUCAUCCAUGGCAAACUGUUAAGAUCGUAUUUUAAGAUUUACUCUGGUUUUCCAAGUGUAAAAACAAGUUAAGUACUUUUAACAGUACUAUGUUAUUGAUGAGUUGCUUCAUAGAUGCAUCUCUUAAAAAUGGAAAAAUAAAACAUCUGAAGUGUCUUAUAGUGUGUAUGAUCAUGAUGCCAUACAUGACAGUAGUUAAAACUAUGACAGUUUAUUUUUUGGGAGUGCAAACCUUUUAUUCUUUUCCUUAGAAGUUGAUCGAAUGCAACAUGGAACCAGUCAUCCAUCUUGUACAUCUAGAGAACUUCCACUAAACGUUGCUGCUGCUUGAUGGUUAACAGUUGCAGUUAAUAGUGUUAAAUUUAAAAUGAAGUGGUCCCUGGCUUUCAUAAAACAUGCCAUGACCAGUGAUCAAUAUCUACUGAUGUUCAGACAAGAUCUUAAUUCUUAAAAUAUGUUAAAAAUAGAAGCUGACACUCCAAGGCAAGUUUCAACAGCAGAGUUUAACUUGUACUGGUUAUGCAGGUUUUUUGUGUCCCAAAUUGAGGCAAAGGUACUAUCAUUCUGACCGUCCAUCCAUCCAUUUUCUGUACCGCUUUGUCCCCACGGGGGUCGGGGGCGUGCUGGAGCUUAUCCCAGCGGUCAUCAGGCAGUAGGCGGGGGACACCCUGAACCGGUUGCCAGCCUAUUGCAGGGCACACAGAGACAAACAACCAUCCACACUCGCACUCACACCUAGGGGCAAUUUGGAGUGCUCAAUCGAGUGUUUUUUGUUUUUGUUUUUUUGUAAAAUGUGUUUUACUAAAAUACAUAAUGAAAAUCAGGAACAAUUUUUUUUCUAAUAUUUACUUUUUUAAACCCCCAUUUUCUACCAUUUUUUGGGGGCUAAAUGCAUAUUCGAGAUUUAUCAACAUUUCCUGAAGAAUUGUUUGAGUUAAUAACAUGUCUUUUCCCUCCAAUGCAAUUUGGUUAUAUGCAGAUUUUCACUGUUCGUGGGAUGGCCUGGUCCCUAUCCUCCGCAGAGAGCGUCUGCAGUCUGGACAGGCUUCGUGAACCUUUGGAGCUGCACGGUGCAGAGAGACAUGCACAACGCAUUUAGCUUUAGAGGUGGAGCAUAUUGUAGACAAGAGGCGGAAUAAGAAGGGAAAAUGGGAGUACCUGAUUAGGUGGAAGGGCUAUGGAAGUAAAGAAGACACUUGGGAGCCAGAGCACCACCUGCUGCAUUGCGAGGAGUUCAUUGAUCGCUUCAAUAGCAUGCAGCUACAUCAGCACAAACAGCACAAAAUUUCUAAAAGUGCUAACAAUGGCUUCCCGGCAGCCACGGACAACCCCAGAGCUCGGUCUGAAGCACAAAAGAAGAAGAAAAACAGUGAGAUGGCUGUCGGGGUUCGAGGAGGAACUCUUCCCGGGAGCGGGAGUAGAGGCUCGGGUUAUGUUCAUAAGCCGGGAAAUGGAGGCAUUGGGUCCGGCAAGCAUCCUGUGCAGGUGAAAAUUGGCAAAACCAUGACAUUCAAAACUCCUCCAAUCGGAGCCUCUCGCUUUGUGGCCCAAGCGAGGGAACCUCAUAGCGGACUCUUGAAUGGCUAUGCGGAGCCACACGUUUACAGGAGCACUUCAAGGUCACACAGAGGAUCCUCCAACAAAGCUGAUGGGGGUCUGGAUGAAAUAGUAACUACUGAAUUGGACUCACCUCUGGCCAAUGGCAAGAUGCAUUUGCAUAGCUCAGUAAAACGCAAACUGGCAGAGGAGAAGUGCUACGUGUUUGACAAGCGGCUCAGGUACAACGUGCGACAGAACGAGAGCAACUGUCGAUUUCGGGACAUCGUAGUCCGGAAGGAGGACGGGUUCACGCAUGUUCUCCUCUCCAGCCAAACAACGGAUAACAACGCUCUGACGCCAGAGAUCAUGAAGGAAGUGUGUCGGGCUCUGGGUAAUGCAGCUGCCGACGACAGUAAACUGCUAUUGCUCAGCUCUGUGGGGACUAUCUUCUGUAGCGGGAUAGAGCCAUCCUACCUGAUGGGCCGUCUGUCCACUGACCGCAGGAAGGAGAGCAGUCGCAUUGCAGAUGCCGUUAGGGACUUUGUGUUGGCGUUCAUACGCUUCAAAAAACCCAUCGUGGUGGCAAUCAAUGGGCCAGCCCUGGGCUUGGGGGCUUCCAUCCUGCCCCUGUGUGAUGUGGUGUGGGCCAGUGAGAGAGCCUGGUUCCAGACUCCUUGUGCGGCCCUCCACCUCACCCCCUCUGGCUGUUCCUCUUACACUUUCCCCCAAAUCCUUGGUGUGGCUUUGGCCAAUGAGAUGCUGUUCUGUGGUCGAAAGCUGACAGCACAAGAAGCGUGCAAUCGAGGUUUGGUGUCGCAGGUAUUCUGGCCAACCACAUUUAAUCAGGAAGUGAUGCUACGUGUGAAGGAGAUGGCGUCGUGCAAUGCUGUGGUUCUAGAAGAAUCCAAAUGCCUGGUCAGGAGCAUCCUCCUACGUGUCCUGGAGGAAGUCAAUGAAAAGGAGUGUCAGAUGCUAAAGCAGCUGUGGUGUUCCACCAAAGGACUGGAGGCGCUCUUCAGCUACCUACACAACAAAGCAUGUGAGAAAUGACCUCAAACUAAAGACGCAGUUUAAAUGUAGGCCUUUGUUUCCGUCCAUCAGCAGAGAAAAAGCCCGGGAUUGAUUUUACUUCCAACAAAUCCUACUCGAUCAGGGUUUUAAAAGACAUUACGGACGGACCACUCAGAUGAUGCAUCCACUUCCAAAAGUGCAGUUUCAUAUGAACAGGGUCCUGAUGGAUAUAAAGGGGAGGAAGGGGUGUGAAAUCCAGAUUUAGGGGAGUGAAAAAAGAUUGUCCGAUUGCACUUGAAAAAGUAAUGAUAAUAUACAUGAAUGUGAAUAUACACACUUGAGCGUAAAAAGAGUUUAGAAAGUUAAGUGCUGUGGAUAAAUAAGAUCUUUAUUUUAGUUGCCUGCUGUUUUAAAGUGAAAACCAAAGUCGGCAUGAGGACGCUGUUUAUAUAUCCUUAACUUGUCCAUUCCUCUCAGGCUACCUAAGAUGUUCUUGUUGUUUUAGCAACUACACAAAACAUGAGAUUUGUCAGCAAAAGAAUCCAUUAUUGGAAAGUCUGGUCAUUGUAUGGAAUUGACACUGUUGACUCCGGACAACAUGUCAGAUCGUAGAUGAAGUACUUCACUGUGACUAUUCAGUGAACUAGUUAAGUGAAAGAAUUUUUCAAAUGGUGAUUAAAACAAAUAUUUGCCAAAUGUAUUCUUCAAAUCACACUCUUUUCAAAGGUUUCACACAAAUAAUGGUUUUCUUUAAUAACUAUUUUAAGACACAUAAAUCCUCAGAUUUGAACAUUAAGUUGGACAUUGCAUUUCAUACACAAAAUGGGUUGUUUUGUUCAAAAGAAUUUUAACCCAAAUUGGGUUGUUUUUUAACCCUGCAUUUUAAGCCUGGUGUCACCCCCUUCCCCCAUUUUUCUUUUUUAUAAUUUAUAAAAACGUUUUUUCAGUCAUGGAUACAAACAUGUACUGUACUUGGUACCAAAAUAUCCAUGAUUCCCAACUUGAAAUUCACCACUAGCACACAAAACAACGUCAAUGUAUUUUGCAUUAAAAAGGCAAUAUUUGGACUGACAUCUUGAAUUUUGUGGCAUCUAAUUUUGCCUGGCCAGUGGCAUUUUUGAAGAGUGAGAUUUGAAGAGUACGACAUGCUUGUAUCCCGUUUUGAACAAUUCUCAAUCUAUGCAUUGUAAUUAGCUGCGAUACAAUUUUCACGCUCAACAAAACAAGUCAACUUGAUUUCUGCUUGAACAUGCUCUUUUGUUUUUGUUCCUUGGUCUUUCCAUGGGACAGAUAUAAAAAACAACAACACUAAGUCUAGUGAAAGCGUGUGUAAACGUAGUGUCUAUAAAUAAAAUGAGAGUUUUAAUGAAUACAUAGCAUGACGUGUAAGUUUAACAAUGGAAGGAUUUGCACUGGAUUCCAUCCCUUUCUGCCACAGAAACAUGUCCGCAUCGCUUAGCUUCCAGUUUUAAGUGGAGGUGUGAAACGUAUGACGUAUGUACAAUCAUUUUUAUUGAGUCUUUUUUCAUUGAUUGUCAAGGAAUCAAAUUGUGGUUCCACUAAUUGUCAGUGAUCAAUGUUGUGUCGUCAAGAAUCUCCGUAUCAGCACGUGAUGAGAAAAGAGAGGUUCUAUUUCAAUGUUCGUCAUGAUUAUUUUGUUUUACCAAAAACAUGUGUAGAAGCUAUUUUGUUAAUUGAUAACUAGAGAAAAUGCAGUACAUAGUACAGUUUUAGAACAUGUUUCUAGACUGUUUGCAUGUGAGAUACUGUAAAUUCUGUGAAUGUGUGGCCUGUCCUUCUCUGGGUAAAUUUUGUACCUGCAUUGUAAGUAGCAUUGGUGGAUGUUUAUUUUUGUAUUUAUUCAAGAAAAGGAGUGUUAUGAUUCUGAGACACCCUGACUCAAAGUAACUCUUUAUUAAUUAAUCCUUUAAAAUGGAGAAACUAUUUAACAGAAAGCAUUUGAAAAGUGGCUAGAUUAUUUACACAUCAGGAUAGGUCUGACUAUAAUUACUGAGAGCAAAUGCGACAUACAAUAAUGUAAUGUUUACCGUUGAAAUGAAGAAUCUUUUGUGAAUUUGUCAAGGCGCAUGUCAAAUCAUUUCAUAUAUGAUGGUUUAUUGAAGUUUAUUGAGAAAAUUAAUAAUUUAUGAGGCCAUUGCAGAUGAAUGAUAAUGGAAAAAAAAUAACAGCAUACUUCCACAUAAUAAAGAUAAGGUAAUACAUGA